UCGUAAGCAAUGGAACGCUAUUCGAACUCCAAGAAGCUGAUGAUGUUCCGCACUCCCAACGAGGAGGCGGCCAAGAAUCAGAUCUACAUCUUCAACUCGCCGAUUGACUACAAGGACCAGCAGCUGAUUGUCUACCAAAAGCCGAGCAUCCUGGCAGGAGACAAGGACUACGGCUACUGUGUGGUCUACAAAAGGGAUCACUAUGUGCUGAACAACCCACCGAACUUCAAGAGUCCCACGAAGCGGAGUUUCCUCAACGAGUGCAUCCGCCAGUUGUAUCUGAUGUGCGGCAUGGGACACAAGAUGUACUGGCGCACCACCAGUGCCAUGGCAUUGAGUACUCCCGGCGAAGUGUGGCACCAGGUGAACAGCUGCCUGCUGCCCGAGAGACUUACCCCACAGAAGGAGAGCCUUAAGCGAGUGAAGAGGCAGCUCUUCCGGGAGCCACGAGCAGAUCGCAAGAACAAGAAACCCGUGAGGGGCAAGGUGUGGGGCACCCAGGUGUUCUGCUUCAAGUCGAUGCGGGAGAAGAUUGGAAGGAAGUACAUCCGCAGGGGCUACCUAACGAUCGCCCGGCGGGAAUGCCUCCAGGAGAUGAUCCGCGAGCACCUGGCGCGCCAAAUGGCCUGCACCCCGGCCGCUUGCCGCACGGUCAUCAGUGCCUCCGACGGGAUCUUCAACUCGAAUGCCGCUGUGAUCGGCGACAUCUGCAGCUACCACAACAAUGCGGCACGUCAUCAGAGCGCCGUGGAGCGAAGACUCACUGCCGGAGAAGCCAAGCUGCGGAACACCGAGGGCUGCCGACUGACCUCGAGGGCCAAGCGGCUGGAGGCCAUGUUCAUCCACGAACAGGUGCGUCGGGCCAUUCAGAACCACCAGCUCAUCCUCGAGGAGUCGGUGCGGUCCAUCUACUACGCUAAGGAGCUCUUCCGCCUCAUCGAGGACCACGAGGAGUUCGUCUACACGGACAACAAGAUCCUCGGCAAGAUUUGAGUGACCGGCAUAGCCACUUCUAUUCUACACUGAUUCCUUUAAAUGUACGCGUAUUUGUAAUUAU